CACGUGAGUAGUGAAAUGGAGUAUUUUCCGUGCCGAACAGUUGAAAAUUCGGAGGUUUACUGUACCCGCUCCGGAGCGCGGAGCUUGCCUGGGGAGCGUUCUGGCCCCGCGCGGCCGCCGUACCCCGGGCACGCCCUGCCCGCCAUGGCGGCGCCCGAGCCGCCGCCGCCGCCCGAGAGCUGCAGGCCGCUGAGCGCGCUGCUGAGCGGCAUCGCCCAGGCCGCCUUCCACGGCAACGCCGGCAUCACCGAGGAGCUGCUGCGCGCUCAGCUCUACCCCGAGGCGCCGCCGGAGGAGUUCCGCGCUCUGCGGGCCAAGAUGGGCGGCCUCCUCCAGUCAAUUGCUUCAGCAGACAUGGAUUCGAAUCAGCUGGAAGCUUUCCUCACUGCCCAAACCAAAAAACAAGGUGGCAUCACAUCAGAUCAGGCUGCAGUCAUUGCAAAAUUUUGGAAGAACCACCGGACUCAAAUCCACGAGAGCCUGAUCAAUCAGAGCCGCUGGGAUAAUGUCUUGAAAAGCAUGAACUGGCGAGUGGACCUGAAGUCACAGUUGAGGCACAUUGAUCAGAUGAACACUCCUGUUGCAAUAGUUGAAAUGGAACUGGGAAAAAACGGGCAGGAAUCGGAGUUUCUCUGCCUGGAGUUUGAUGAGGCCAAGGUGAGCCAGAUGCUGAAGAAACUGUCAGAAAUAGAGGAGAGUAUGACUUUGCUGACUCAGACUACUUAAAUAAAGAGAUUGCAACUUACAAAAAAAUGACCUUUGGUACCUUUUCAUA